AUGAACCCUACCUUUACCAAUACCAACUCUAUUCAUCAAAAUGUGUUGAAUAUAGUUCUUUUGCAAGAAAUAACCAUUUUCCAAGAAGUUUCUCAAUCAGAAAAACCUAAACUGUUGGUCGUCCUUCUUUGCCUGAUAAUUGACACUGAGUUUUAUGCAAAGCAUGCCAUCUUGAAUAACUCUGGAAAGACAAGACUAUGGCAGAAACUUCACAAUGAUUUCUGUAAUCAUCCGGAUGUUGUCUGUUAUGCAGCAUCUCCUCUCAAUGCCGGGUUCACUAGCCGUGUUGUUGACGAAGUUGUUGCUGAAGCUGUGAUCAGUAUCUGCCAAGAUAAUGAUGUUACUUACAAGAAUACCCAAUUGACAACCUCUUCUUUUGUUUUGGAGGGACGGUCUGAGAUAAGCCAGUGGUCUUACAGUACUCCCAAUCCUGUCCCAUCACCAAAACAAGGUAUGGAACUAGUGUUGAUAUCCAGGACCAGAAGAACCAUGCCAUCUGAGCUCCAGCAAGCCUUCCUGGAAAACUCAAGAAGCCAAACUGACAUCAUGGCAUCUAUGCACAAACUUCUUACUAUCAGGUAUCAAAGACUUGAAGAGCUAUAUGAAGAUACUCUUCAGCAGUAUAGACUGGAUGUGAUAGCAUCUCAUGAAGCAAGACAUUUGGAUUGGGAGAGUAGAGAGCUGAUUGCAACACGUGAAUAUAAUAGACGAGUUAUAGCUGAUGAGAGAGAGGAAGAGUCAAGAAGGUCUCUAUUGGAAAUACUUUCUAGAUGUAAAAGAUCAAGAAGUCCAUUAUCUUCUCUCACUCGUAUAAAUGAGUUAAAUUAA